CUGAGGUGGAGGAUGGGUGCGCACGUCAUCUGUGGGUGUCCUUACUCCAGAUCUUGCAUUCUGGUGGCAGUACAUGUGGUGUGGUGUCUGGGUUACUUAAGGUCCAUCCCAAGAAGUUUUGACCAGCAGAAGGAGGACUCCUGUAGCACACCAAACAAAAGUACAUGAGGCAACAAAGAAAGCAAGGUCUGAUGUCCAAUCACAGCCACAGCAGUCUACUCUGCCACGAAGAUUGUCUACAGUUUCUUCGGUACCACCACUCCAAAUUUUGGUCACACCUCCAAGACGCCAACCACACUCCCCUCAUCUUGAUUAUAGCUCUUUGUGCAGAUCUGAGAACAGACUAGAAGAUUAACUGUGCUUUGGGCAAAGGCUACCAUAUAAAAGAAAGAUCUACUAUCUGAAGUACAAUUCCUCUGUGUUUUCACAGUUGAUGCUUUAAAAUUACAAAGAGAUCCUAACAGGUCACAGGAAACGCAUAAACUGAAGCGAGGUGAUUGGGUGGACACUAAGAAACACGUAAGAAAGUCUCUAAAACCCAGAUUUGAUGGUCCAUUCCAAGUCCUGUUGACGACAGCCAUGUCGGUCAAAUUGUGUGGAAGGGAUUCGUGGGUACAUGCAUCACAUUGCAAGAAAGUGACAAAGGAAGUAUUAUCCAAUCACGAUACACAAUCAGAAUGUACAGAUAUCAUCUCAUAAGCCCCAGACCAGACAUGUGUCUGUGGGCAUGUAUAAUGUGAUAUUCAGCUAUUAUGGUUGGCAUGGUUGUCCUUAUAUGGUCACUAAUAUUCAACCCAUACUAUUAUGAAGAGUCACGUGACAGGGCCAUAAGUGGUAACCAUACCAAGGGUAAUGACACAAAGGGAAAUAUAAAUGAAUCAUUAAUCUUCCCUAUUUUAUCAGAAAUGUCUACUGUUAUGACUUCACCAAAUACUCCAGUAAAUGCAUAUAAACCUAGAAGACGCAGAUCAGUGGGUACAAUAAGGAACAACUGUAAGCAAAAGACAGCAGUAGAAGAGUGUAUUUGUAGGUAUUGUGGGCCUAAUCCAGAGGCAACAUGCGAGGAGUGGUGCAAGGGUGACCCCUCACACACGGUACAUAAACACCCUCUCGAUACCUACCAUACAUUACUGGGUAAAGGUGCAAACCUUUCAGACUGUUGGAUUUGCAGUCACGUCCCAAGAGGACAAGGAAAUGUAGGAUUUGUCCCAGUGCCCAUCACAUAUGACAUGGUCAAAAAUUGUGGUUGUGGAGAACACACUGCACCCCCUUAUGAUAUGACCAAAGCUCCAGCUUUAAUAGUAAAAAGUUAUCAUUUUACUAAAGAACAACAGGUAGUGUGUAUAAAUAAAUCUGUAGGAGAAGAAACAGCCAAACGAUGGGCAGGAUGGGAACCUGAUGAAGGGACUGAUCUUACUGGAAUAAAAUUUUGGGGGGUCACCACAGGCUGUACACAUAUAUUAGAUAUAGAUAAUACAAAACAUUUUUGGGCCAUAAUAGCAGAAAUGGUAGGGUUAAAUGUCUCUGAAACAUUGGACCGAUUGCAUGACAGGAAACCAGGAGAGGAAUAUUCUUGUGAACUCUUUGACGAAGCAAAUAAUAUAUACAUUAUGGGAUGAGCCAUACACUUUACCUAGUGGGAUCUAUUACAUUUGUGGUAGACGGGCUUAUAAAUGGUUAUCAUACAAUGCUUUUGGAAUAUGUUUUAUAGGUACACUCAUUCCUGAUGUAGUUACAUUAGAUCAUGAGGAUAUGAAAGAACAAUUUACAUCCAAGGUGACACCCCCAGGCCAGAGACUGACCAAACGUGAAGUCAAGACAAUAAGCAAGAAAUAUAAGCAUCUCUUUACCUUAAGUACAGGCUACAAACUGGGAUUGGGUUUUGGAAACAUAAUUACAUUUGGUACUUGGGGAUCCACUGCAAAUCAGAAAAUGAUCCUGGCCUUGGGGGAUAUAAUUGACAAUAUCACUGAAAUAUAUGAUAGUACCUUUAGAUAUAUUGGACAUGAGCUCCAAGCUGUCCGAACAGAGCUUAUUCAGCACCGCAUGAUUUUGGAUUACUUUAUAGCAGUUUCUGCAGGCUAUUGUGUCACGUUACAAACUGUAUAUGGAGUUAAGUGUUGUACUUAUAUAACUAAUGAUACUAACCCAGAAGAUAUUAUUGAUGAAAAGAUGAAUGAAGUUAUACAGUUGAAAAAUCAGUUCGCUAUUACCCAUAACUACACCAGUGUAAUUCCAGACUCAUACUUUUCUUGGCUUUCCUGGUUAAAUCCAAACAACUGGUUCCACGGCAUAGGAGGAUGGAUAGCAGGAAUAUUGUCCAUUAUUGCCAAGAUGCUUGCUUUGCUAUUAGUAAUAUACAUUGUUGUAAAUAUUAUUAUGUGGAUAAUACAAAAGAUACUUACACAAAGAUCUUUUUCUGUCCGAGGUGUUUCUGAAACUGGAAAAUCUCAACCAAUUUAUCUGGAACUUCUGGGAGACACCACCAUAUACAACUCCACUUUAUUCUACUGUGAUACCUGCCACACCAGAUACACAGAAGCUUCCAGCUGUCCCUAUUGCUAUGAUGACGUGAUCUAAAGGAACAUUGCUAUCACAAUAAGAAGUUAUAAACAUUUUCAAGGACUAUGAACAUUAUAAUGAUUUCAUCUUGAGAAAACGCUUCUCCUUUGUGCACUUUCUCUUGUGGUUAGGAAUAAGACGAUAGGGAACAUUGGUUCUGCCUGAGCAUAGGGGUGUUCAAUGGACUAGCCCACGCCUGGAGUGCCCUUAUGGUACACCAGUCGUGAAAGUAGGUGCCCCUAUAGAAUCAAUGACCAGGUAAAGGAAGGGUAGCAUAAAAGUAAAAAUUAGAAACAAAGAGGGGAAGUUGAUAAAGAUGGAAGCCAUAUUUGUUCAUAAGACUCCAUUUUGUUUGACAUCUGAUAAUCUCUUUCAAAUUGUUUUCAGCUUAGAGCUGACACAGGAAAAAGUACGAGGCACUGUACUUUGUUUGAACUCAUAUUGUGAAGUUAUGACCUUUAUCUAAGAUAUGCUUUCCUUGCAGAAAUAUAAUGUCAGCAGCUAGACGUGGAGGCUUCAAAAGCUAUUUGUCAGUUUGCGGUAUAGCAGGUGUGAAAACAUAACCAGACAUAUGUAGGUUAUGAGCUUAGCAAAAGUCCCCAGUUGCCCCACAUAAAACCACAUAUAGAAAUUAUAGCCUUUACUAAGAAGAUAGGAGUUUAUUAACCAAUAGGAUAAGAAAAGUAUGUAAACCAAUAGAAUUAAAGAGAUCGUUAACUAAUAGGAUUACGCUUUGUGUAAGGAAACUACGACACUGUAUGCAAAUAUGUAUCUCUUUAUAAUGUAAUGCUUUCAGGAAAUAAAGCAGCUCUGCUCUGUUAUUCCUCACUAAA